UUAAAUGUAGUAUAAAAGGCAAACACUAAAUGUAGUAAAAUUUAGUCGUAUAUUUCAUAUAAAUUGUAAGGUGUUGCGCGCUUGUGUCUUAAGUCUUUUGUUGAAAAAAAUUCUAAAAAAAUGAAGGCCUUUAUCUAUAUUGCAUUAUUUGCCUCUAUUGCUGUGGUUAUGGCUCAAGAUAAAUAUACCACAAAAUAUGAUAAUAUAGAUGUGGAUGAAAUCCUGAAAUCUGAUCGUUUAUUUAAUAACUACUUCAAGUGUUUAAUGGAUACCGGAAAAUGUACACCAGACGGCCGAGAACUUAAAAAAACAUUACCAGAUGCCUUGAAAACUGAAUGCUCUAAAUGCAGUGAAAAACAAAGACAGAGCACCGAUAAAGUACUUAGGCAUAUCAUUGACAAGAAACCUGAAGAAUGGAAGCAAUUGCAAACUAAGUACGAUCCAGAAGGUAUUUACUUGAAGAAAUACCAAAAACAAGCUGAAGAUGCUGGAAUCAAAUUGUAAAAUUGUAAAGAAUGAAACACAAAUCCUAUGAAAUAUGUGUGCUUUAUAAUUGAUUUAUUGUUAUUAAUUUUUGUACGAGAAGGUUGUAGCUUUAAAAAUGAACUUUGAUAUUUAUAAUAAAAAUGUUGGUUAUUGAUUCAGUUCUUAAA